CUUACCUCUUGCCUAUUUAUUGAGAUAUUUAUUUCGUUCACAGACCAAAUCAAAUUCAAAUCUCUAAAAUGUCUAUCAUUCAUGAAGUGCCGGGGUACAUGCAAGUCUUCUCCGAUGGGACUGUAAAACGCUUCUCCCAGGAGAUCGCCGGCAAUUCGGCGGAUUCAACAGAUGGCUUCAAGUCAAAAGACGUCAUAAUCGACCGGUCAAAACCGAUUACCGGAAGAAUUUAUGUGCCCGAUCUCAGGCCGGAACCAGAUGGAAUCAAGUUACUUCCCGUGCUUUUCUACUUCCACGGCGGCGGAUUUUGCACCGGCUCCACCUCGUGGCAGGGCUACCAUAUGUUCCUCGGCGGCCUCUCUGUUCAAUCCAAAUCAAUCGUCGUGUCUGUAGACUACCGGCUGGCGCCGGAAAAUAAGCUUCCGAUUGCUUACGACGAUUGCUAUUCAGCUUUGGAGUGGGUCCAGAAGAAUCAGAAAGCCGAGACUUUCCUGGAUUGCUCAGACCUUUCCCGCGUAUUUCUUUCCGGCGAUAGCGCCGGUGGAAAUAUUGUACACCAGGUGACUUUAAGAUAUCUGCGCUCAAUAAAAAACUAUGGUCUCAUAAUUAAAGGGAUUAUGCCUAUCCAUCCGUAUUUCGGCAGCGAUAAGAGAACAGAGCUGGAGAUGGCGGAAGGAUCAGCCGAUAACGUGGCGAUGAACGACAUGUUUUGGGAGCUAAGCUUGCCGGAGGGCUCUACCCGGGACUUCUACGGCUGCAACUUUGAGACAGAAAAUGAUGCGGCGGCAGCGGAGUUAUCCACCGCUGAGUGGUUGUGCUUUCCGGCGACGGUGGUGUUCGUGGCCGGAUUAGAUUUCUUGAAAGAGAGGGGAGUGAUGUACGCAGAGUAUUUGCGGCGGAAGGGGGUGAAGUGGGUGGAGAUGGCGGAGGCAGAGGGGGAAGGGCAUGUCUUCUACUUCUUUCACCCACAUUCCGAAGCUACCAGUUUGCUUCAGAAGCAAAUGAGUCAGUUUAUGAAUCAUGGACAGGCCCGGCUCGGCUGAUCCAGUGGUAUUUAUUAUCAAUAGUGAAAAUAAUUAGUUGAAUAUAAUUAUUACUCCGUAUAAUUAAUGAUCAAUAUAUACCGGCAGAUUAAUGCAUAACUGUAUCUCGAAAUAAAGUCCAUGUUCGGCACAUAAAUCUUUACCUUUUACCUUUUGUAUUAUCAAAAAGUUUCCAAGAGUUUUUAGUACAGGUUUGGUUGUUAUGGCUGGGGGUGUUUGUUUAAGAGCG